CGUCAACCGCACUUUCUAACAGCUGCACUUCCUUGUGUUUGUGCACAUGCUGCUUCAUUUAGCGUGAGACUCGUUGCUGCGUACGCCGUGGACAGAAAGACCGAUGGACAAGGCAUCAGGGCCGGCCCAGCAGGAGAAUUUGGAGCAGCGCCUGUCUCCAGAUGCAAGGAGGAGUUUCAGCUUCUCGUCUCUCCGCCUCAAAAAAAGGCACAGCAGUGAUGGCGACGGUGGAUUCGUAGGACGCAGAGGGUUGAGGUCUUUUUCAUCUGUGCGAGAAAAUGUGACAAAAGAGCCAGUUCUAGAGGAUGACGGCGCCUCACAGCUACGCAGUGUUCGGGACCGGGUGAUGAAGACAGGUGAGCAGCCCAAAGAAAACUUCAUCUCCGAUGUUGACGCCAAACACAGCGAAGAUGAGCGACAAGGGGCCAUCAAGAGGUUCAGUGCCAUGUGGUCGUCCCUUCGCAGAGGCAAAAGAGACAAAGCCAAAGACCCCGAGCAUACAGAGCAACAGAGCCCAUUGGCGGAAGACAACACGUCCCGGCAGCACCGCUACGUCAGCGGUCAGUACUUCUUUGAAUAUCUGGUAGUGGUCAGCCUCAAGAAAACCAAGGACAGCAACAACUAUGAACCUCAGAUCACUUACCAGUUCCCCAAGAGAGAUGGAAUGGCGAGAUUCCAGAAGGAGGAAGAGGAAAAGACGCUGAAGGCGAUCACCCUCUUCUGUUUCCCGGAGGGCAUCAACUGGGCUCCUCUGACAGAAUACCACAGUGAGACCUUCUCCUUCGUUCUGACCGAGAUCGACGGCAGCAGAAGAAACGGGUACUGCAGGAGAUUACUGCCUGGAGGGAAAGGAGCUCGACCGCCUGAAGCCUACUGUAUCAUCAGCUCGGUGGCUUGUUUCGGCCUCUUCUCCAAGAUAUUCGACGAGGUCGAGAAGCGCCGGCAGAUCUCCAUGGCGAUGAUCUACCCAUUCAUGCAGAAGCUGAGAGAGGCUCCAUUCCCAGCUCCGGGGAACACAGUGGAGAUUAAGAGCUUUAUUCCUGAGUCGGGCACUGAGAUCAUCAGUCUGACCCGGCCGCUGGAUUCCUGGCUGGAACACGUCAACUUCGCCACGCUCUUCGGCUGCCUGACGGACGAAGAGGUGCUGCUGGUGUUUGCGGCUGCCGUCCUGGAGAGACGGAUCGUUUUCCUCGCAGAUGAACUGGGCACGUUAUCUCAAGUCAUCCAUGCAGUGGCAGCCCUCCUUUACCCCUUCACCUGGCAGCACACCUUCAUCUCCAUUGUUCCAGAAAUCCUCAUUGAUGUGGUGAUGGCGCCCACCCCCUACCUGCUGGGGGUCCAGAAACACCUGCUGGACAUGGUCACUGACCAGAGCGAUCUGCUGGUGGUCGAUUUGUCUGAGGAUAAAAAGGAGACGUUCAUUGUUGCAAUUGGCGACGAAGGCUCUAUUUUGCCCCCGAAGCUCCAGACUGAAAUACUAGAGGCUCUUAAAAACAGGCAAAAAGCAUCAACGGGGGAGGAGCUGAACCGGGUGGUGUCGGAAGCCUUCCUGCACUUCUUUGUGAAAACGGUCGGCCAUUACUCCUCGUACGUAAAAUACGGCGGAGAUCGGGGCGUCUUCGAGAAGAGAAGUUUCUACAAGGCCAUCGAGUCCAAGACCACUCGACACUUUGUCAAGAAGUUCAUCCAGACGCAGAUGUUUGACCUGUUCAUCCAGGAGGUGGAGCAGCAGCAGCCUGGACCACAGCAAGGUGAGAACCACGCUGGGGGACAAAUUCAUGUUGCACAAUCCCAUCAGUGUCAAACAAGAACAACCAGCGUGCUCUUGGUCGCUGACCUGGUGCCUCCUCCGGUCGUGGAGGCUGCAGGCUCCUCCACUGAGGUAGUCGUAGAUCCUCGACAAGGAGACUGACUCGUGCUGGCUGUUGACUGACAGAAUGUGAUGUUUUCUGCUCUGAUCCAGUCUGAGCUCCAUGCCGGAGUCACAUACGGGCACAAACAUUAGUGUUCAGUGUCAUGCAGAAUCCUGACUCACUACAGUUCAUGUUUACAACUUUGCCGCACUCCUUGCAUGCACAGCAGGAACAGUCCCUGAACUUUUUGGGACCAUGUUGGUCUCUAUUGUUGAGACACGACAAGAAGUCUCCCCA